AUGUCAGAAUUACCAAAUAAUAGUGACGGAAACAACCUGGGUGUUUUGAAGGUUGAAAAGAAAACGGAGAAAACAGAAACGACAGAAUCUGAAAGAAAUCCAGUCAUCGUGGAAGAAGAAACUAGUUCUACCGAGGACGAUACUAUGGCCAAGAGUACAGAAAGUAGCGCAAGUACUGGCAAUGAUGCUGAUACCUAUAUUAAAGGGCUGAAUGAAGAAAUAGUGAACGAAAUUUUAGAAUUGAAACUGAAAAUCUCCACUUUAGUUUCCAAUAUUCGUGAUACGAAAACGUUAUGUGACAAGUACGACAACCAAAAUCAAUAUUUGCAAGAUUAUGUAGGUAGUUUAAUGAAAAGUGGUGAAAUAAAAUGA